AUGAGAGUCGUUUUCCAGCAAUGUACUAAGUUCAGUACAUCAUGCAAUCGGGCAUUUCUUGCUAGAUUUCUAAAACCUGUAAUGAACGCAAGUCCGAAAGAGCAUGUAGUAAAGCAAUUGCUGAAGCCCGUAGGUUUGAAUGUACCACCUAGACCCAAUAUCAAGUACUCUGAGGGUAAUUCAUGGUUAGACCUGUUUGAUGGAGCCAAAACAGAAGAAAGAAUAAAAGAACUGGAGAUAGAGUUUGCGAAAUCGGGCAUGUAUGAAAUGGCAACUUUCCGCAAGACCAACGGUAAAUUGUUUCUAUCUCCUGAAUCAUACUGGAAAGCAGACAAAGCCUUGUAUUUCCCACACCUCUCUGGUCGUACUCUAAGCAGUGAAGAUCAUGGCAACGUUGAGGAUGUGUUGCGAGGUAAGACCAGCGUGAUCCGUGUGUUUUCCACUCAGGUUGGCGAUAAAAUAAGUCGGGAGUAUAUCAAAAAUACAGAACUCGGCAUUGACAAUUAUGAGAACCAAAGUUGCCAAGUGAUCGAUAUAAACUUCCUCGAGAACAAACUGAAAUCAUGGCUGUUUAAGUUGUCCCUUAACAAUUUGAAGUCAACUGUUCCAGUGCAGCGCCAUGACAAUUACUGGCUCUGCCACAGAGAACAGAUACCGUUCCUCAUGCGUGAAAGGCUGCUGAUCAACAAUGUAUACUCUGGAUACAUCUUUGUCGUUGACCCCAAUCUUAAGAUCAGGUUCAUGGCCUGUGGACCCGCAUCAGCUGACGAAUUCAACAAACUAUGGAAGGUUGUAGGUCAGUUAUCCAAAGAGAAAAAGUAA